AUGAGGACUCAUGUUGUUGCUUUGGCCUUCGAUGGUGAAGAGGUUUGGCUGAAUUCUACUAGUUUUGAAUCUUUUAACACUAUGGUUUUGCAUCCAAAUCAGAAUGAGCUGAUAUAUGAUGAUCAAAAUGGAAAUAUUCUUGUAUGGGACUUGAUUGCAAACUCUCAUUUCAAGAUGGAAGAUGGAGUUAUACAUGUUUAUGCAAGUGAAAAAGAUUCCGUUGAUCUCUUUCCUAUUGCAAGCAGUGCAACAACUUUUUUCAUUGACAUGCAUCACAUUCUCAAAAUAAUCUCUGUUGGAAAUGUUCGUUCCGCAUGCUAUCAUCGAUUUAGAUUUCUUGAAGAGGUGUGGUACUUGUUAACUUGGGCAUGCCAACAAGUUCAAGAACAUUUGCAAGUUUUGCUCCACCCCAUAUUGCUAACACAAUCACAACAAAACACAACUUAG